AUGUCUCUACACUUGUUUUGUUUAUUCAACACUCUCUUCUUUUUCAAGAGGUGUCCCAUCUUCAUGGAACCACAGAAUCUAACUGGUGUCUCAGAAUUCUUCCUCAUGGGACUCUCAGAUGACCUGGAACUACAGCCCCUUCUCUUUGGGCUGUUCCUGUCCAUGUACCUGGUCACUGUGCUGGGGAACCUGCUCAUCAUCCUGGCUGUCAGCUCUGACCCCCACCUCUACACACCCAUGUACUUCUUCCUUUCCAACCUGUCCUUGGCUGACAUUGGUUUCAGCACCACUACGAUCCCCAAGAUGCUGUUGAACAUUCAAACACACAGUAGAUCUAUCACCUAUGCAGACUGCCUAACUCAGGUGUCCUUUUUUUUCCUAUUUGGAUGUUUGGACAAUCUACUGGCUGUGAUGGCAUAUGACCGGUUUGUGGCCAUUUGUCACCCCCUGCACUACCCAGUCAUCAUGAACCCAUGCCUCUGUGGCUUUUUGGUCCUCGUGUCAUUUUUCAGCAGCCUUUUGGACUCUCAGAUUCACUGUUUGAUGGUGUCACAACUUACCUUCUGCACAAGUGUGGAAAUUCAUCAUUUCUUUUGUGAUGCACCUCAACUUCUCCACCUUGCCUGUUCUGAUACCUCCAUCAAUACCAUACUAAUAUAUUUCAUGGGGGCCAUUUUUGGUGGCAUUCCACUCUCAGGGAUCCUUUGCUCUUAUACUCGAAUUGUUUCCUCCAUUCUGAGACUCCCAUCAACAGGCGGGAAGUACAAAGCCUUUUCUACCUGUGGCUCUCACCUAUCAGUUGUUUGCUUGUUUUACGGAACAGGUCUUGGGGUAUACCUCAGUUCAUCUGUCUCCCCCUACCCUAGGAAGGGUGCAGUGGCCUCGGUGAUGUACACUGUGGUCACCCCAAUGCUGAACCCCUUCAUCUACAGCCUGAGAAACAAGGAUAUCAAGAGAGCACUGUGGGGGAUUAUCAGCAGGACAGACUAAUCUCAGCAUGUGUCUUAUCCUUUUCGGUUCAUUGCACUGCAAAAUGCAGCAAAUCAAACAUGCACAAGACAUUCUGGAUGUGCAGUCACAUGGUAUAGGUACCUAUAUGGAUCUCUGGUUUUUGCUUACACAAUUUUUCCUCUUAGCAUAGCUCUAAUGGAAUUGGGAGAUUAUUUUGGGCUCUCCAUUUAAAUUAUAACCUCUGCAGAAUUAUGUAUAUAUCCAUAUAUCCCUCUCACUUUCCUUUUGCAUUACCCAGGACUCUUGGUCAUGAGCAGUCUUGUUUCUAUCAAUGCAAAAUAAUCAUAAAUCUCUCUUGUUAUUUAUUGUUUCUAUACUUUUCCUGAGAUUCCUCCCCCGGCCCCAUCCACCCACCAGUUUGAUGGGAGGUUCUAAACCCUACCUUAAGGACCAAGAUGUCUGAUACAUUUUGGCACCUUAAUGCUCUUAGUCAGAUUUUUGAGCGAGUAGGAUGACUAAUUUCUUUUUGAAAUUGAAAUGGGACGCUAUUAAUACUGAGUUUGAGUCAACAGUUAUCAAGUUUCCUGGGACUUCUCUAGGAACAUUGGGAUGUAUGGUUCCCAAGGAAUAGAUGGGAGAGGAACUACCAGAACAAAGGUGAUUCCCAAUUUUCCUGAUAAUUCUCCUUCCCAUUCCAUCUAACUUCUCCCCAGUCAUAUUACAUAACGUGACUCAAAGGGGCAAAUAUUGUAUACUUCCAUUUAUAUAAGGUGCAUAAAGUAGUUGAAUCCAUAGAGACAGAAAGUAGAAUGGUGGGAGCUGGGGUCUGGAGGAGCGAGAGACAGGGAGGUAGUGUUUAGUAGGUUCAGAAUUUCAGUUUGGGAAGAUAGCAAAGUUCUAGAGUUGGAUGGUGGUGAUGACUGCACAACAGUGUGAAUGUACUUCAUGCCACUGUACUGAAAACUGCUUAAGAUGGUAAAUUUUAUGUUCUUUUACCACAAUUAAAAAAAAGAUCUUGUGUCAGGAAUAAGGGACAUGUUGCUUCAAAUGUUGGGUGUCACUCAGCCCUCAGCAAUCAACCUCUGUAGGGAUCUACUUCAGCAAGCUCAUGCCUCCUUCUUGGGGCAGCCCACAUCCGAUGACUGACUGAUUAGAUGUGGGGGUGCAAACAUUUGGUCCCUUUGCCCUAAUUCCAGAAAACUCUAAGAGAUCAUCUUAGCUCCAGAACUCCGUGCUGGUUGUUGGAG